GGCUGUAGUACGCAUGAGCAGUUGGGCGGUGACGGGGUGACGCUUGGAGCGUGAGCCGCGACUUUCACGGGUCCGGUUCCGCCCUCUUCUCACUGCCGACCCUCCGGGGCUAGUGCUGAGAAGUCUUUCCCAGAGUGCUCUGCGCCGUGAAGAAGCGGCUCCCGGGGACUGGGGGCAUUUUGCGUUGGCUAGAGCCGGAGUAACAAGAUGGCGGCGUCGGCGGAGUGACAGGGGUCCCUCCGGGCGGGAGCCGGCGGCAGUGGUGGCAGCGGUAUCACCGCCCUAACUCACCGCGCCCCUUUUCCAGCCCGCGACGUCGCCGCGGAAGCGAGGCAGUGGCGGCCGCCCGGACACAAGUGGCCCAGCCCGGGAGCCGCGAGAACCCCGCUUAAACUGCAACCUAGCCAAAAGAAACCGGACUGGGCGGCGGCGAUCGGGUUCCCCUCGGCGGAUUCGGGGCCCUGUGACGCCAGAAGCCGACGUGCUCGGUUCCCUGCCGCCUUCCUCCGCCGCCUUGCUCAGGGGACCAGCCCAGAGGCCCGCGUCCUCCUCUCCGAGGUGUCGGGGCUGGGCCCCAGCCUCCGCCUUCGUCUCCCACGAUGGCGAGCAGCAGCGGCUCCAAGGCCGAGUUCAUUGUCGGAGGGAAAUACAAACUGGUACGGAAGAUCGGGUCUGGCUCCUUCGGGGACAUUUAUCUGGCGAUCAACAUCACCAAUGGCGAGGAAGUGGCAGUGAAGCUAGAGUCUCAGAAGGCCAGACACCCGCAGUUGCUGUACGAGAGCAAACUCUAUAAAAUUCUUCAGGGCGGGGUUGGCAUCCCCCACAUACGGUGGUAUGGUCAGGAAAAAGACUACAAUGUGCUAGUCAUGGAUCUUCUUGGACCCAGCCUUGAAGACCUCUUCAAUUUCUGUUCAAGAAGGUUCACAAUGAAAACUGUACUUAUGUUAGCUGACCAGAUGAUCAGUAGAAUUGAAUAUGUGCAUACAAAGAAUUUUAUACACAGAGACAUUAAACCAGAUAACUUCCUAAUGGGUAUUGGGCGUCACUGUAAUAAGUGUUUAGAAUCUCCAGUGGGGAAGAGGAAAAGAAGCAUGACUGUUAGUACUUCUCAGGACCCAUCUUUCUCAGGAUUAAACCAGUUAUUCCUUAUUGAUUUUGGUUUGGCCAAAAAGUACAGAGACAACAGGACAAGGCAACACAUACCAUACAGAGAAGAUAAAAAUCUCACUGGCACUGCCCGAUAUGCUAGCAUCAAUGCACAUCUUGGUAUUGAACAGAGUCGCCGGGAUGACAUGGAAUCAUUAGGAUAUGUUUUGAUGUAUUUUAAUAGAACCAGCCUGCCAUGGCAAGGAUUAAAGGCUGCAACAAAGAAACAAAAAUAUGAAAAAAUUAGUGAAAAGAAGAUGUCCACUCCUGUGGAAGUUUUAUGUAAGGGGUUUCCUGCAGAAUUUGCCAUGUACUUAAACUAUUGUCGUGGGCUGCGCUUUGAGGAAGCCCCAGAUUACAUGUAUCUGAGGCAGCUAUUCCGCAUUCUUUUCAGAACCCUGAACCACCAAUAUGACUACACAUUUGAUUGGACAAUGUUAAAGCAGAAAGCAGCACAGCAGGCAGCCUCUUCAAGUGGGCAGGGUCAGCAGGCCCAAACCCCCACAGGCAAGCAAACUGACAAAACCAAGAGUAACAUGAAAGGAACAAAGGCACCCAUUUUUUAUUUUAACUGUUGUUGCAGUGAAGAUGGGUUUGGACUUUGAGAAGCCUGGAGACGCCACCUAAACUACAAGAUCAAAACCAAGCACACUGGGGAAAAGAAUGCUUAGUACUUGAAGUUGGAAUGUCGGAUACCUCCUGGAUGCUCCUAUUGAGAUUUUUUUUUUUUUCUGAACAAACUGUAGUAACAUCUUAGGACAAUUCACUGGAGAAACAUUGAUCUCUGGGCGGAAUGUCCCACCUACUACCAGCUAACCUGAAGAGUUAAAUCUGGAUUUGAUGCUGUAUUGUAUCAGGAAUAUUGUUAGGCUAGCCUUUAACCAAUCCGUAACAAUUGUAAUCAUUAAUUGACCCAGCAGUUCUUCAAAUCAGAUUAAAAGAUGAACAGAUAAAAUUCUUACCUAGAUAUAAUUUUUAUCCCUGUUAAAGAAGUUUUUUUUUCAUAUUUUGCCUCCAAUGUAACAUAUUUCCUUUUUAGUUUGUUAGUGACUAUGGUUUCCAUUUAAAACUGUUUGGAUAUUCAACAUAGUAAUUAUUCCAUAUAAUUAUGUAAGCAAGCUAUGAUAAAAGAAAACCCAACAAUUUUCAUAGUUGUGAAAACUUUUUUUAUGGCAUUUAACAAUAAUUGCAGUACUUUAAAUCAAAUGCUCGUCACAAAAAAGGUCAUUUUAUUUUGCUAAUCCAUACAUAGUUUUAAUUUGCUUUAAAAUACUCUAUUUUAAAAUUGGGAUUAGAUUACAGAAUAUGGUCAGAUUUGUUAAAUCAGGUUUGAUUCGAUAGCUUUUUUUUUAAUGGCUUACCUUGCUAAUCCUAUCAAUAAUAUAUGCCAGAUAAUGAUAUUCCUUUUGGUAAAGUACAUUUUCAGAAAGUUCCUUAUCUUUUAUUUUUGGCAUUUGGUGUAUGAACAUAGUACUUGGGAUAGGCAAUAAAGAUCUGUUCUGUUCCUAGCCUUGUGUUAAGGCACUAUGGAGAGACAAGGAAGUGUAGCACUGACAUCUUGUCCUCGGGGCUUAGCACAAUAUAUUUGUUAAAUGAAUGAAGAUGACUUUCUGGCUUCAGAUAAAAAACAAACUCCUAGUUAGCAAGUGAGAGAAUAUUUCAAAAAAGGAGCAGUUUGUGAUUGACAGAAGCAUGGUUUGUGCUAAGAAAGUGAGAGAUCAAAUAGAGCUGGCUAUCAGGGUAACAUGCCUUUACAUGGAAGCCCAGCAAGCAUGUCAAACAUGCGGGCCACUGGCCUAGAGUCUAAGUGUGGCUGAGAGGGGAGUGUUUGCAGGGUGGGAAGGCAUGAGAAGUAAAUAAAGCCAAAAGAGCAACUGGCCCACUUUUUCAAAUCAGAGACAAUACCUAGCCUUUUUAAUGCAACUGAUGGAGAUAAAAAAAGUUUUUAGAGUCUGAGGUUUCUUUAAAAAAACCAUAAUCAGUUUUGUGUUCAGUGGAAUAACUCAAAUAAUUAUGCCUUGAAUACAUUUAUUAAAACUUAUUGUUUCUUAUUUGUAUCAGAAAUAAUGUGCAGAAAAAUCCUACUCAUACAUAGUAUGAUUAAAACUAUACUUUCCA